UUUUUUUUUUCCUUUCCUAAAAUAAUAAAAUAAUUAAAAAAAAAAAGGAAAUCGAAAAAGCUUCAAGUGUAAACUUCCUCUUUUAUACAUCUGAAAAUGGAAAAAAAUAUGGCUGGAAGCUCUUAAUGAUCGGUGUUAAACCAGAUUAAGGGAGCAUAAUCUGGUUACUUAGUCUCAGAGCUUCUACCAGGUUCAACAAUGGCGGUUUCCUCUCCCAUCGACGAGCUUUGAGAGUGUUCAGCUGGAGCAAUGGCAGAAGAGAAUAACAGUAUGUGUCAUGAGCAAAAGGAAGUAAGAAAUGGAGUAGUUAGUGAGGGGCAGGACUUAGGGUCAUCUGAGGAAGAUGAAUCAAGGAUUGAUAAUGCAAUUGUGAAUGUAAAUAGAGGGGUAACGGAGGUUCAAAAUGGAUUGCAGAUACCAAAACCACAACCUCAAGGUCCAGUGAUACGUUGGGAGAGAUUUCUUCCUGUUAGAUCACUGAAGGUUCUCCUAGUGGAGAAUGAUGAAUCCACGCGUAAUCUUGUUAGUGCCUUACUGCGGAAUUGCAGUUAUGAAGUUACAGCUGUUGCAAAUGGUGUUCAAGCAUGGAAAAUCCUAGAAGAUCUGACUAAUCAUGUCGAUCUUGUGCUAACGGAGGUAGUCAUGCCUGUAUUGUCAGGACUUGGUCUUUUAAGCAAGAUCAUGAGCCACAAAUCUGUCAAGAAUAUUCCUGUUAUAAUGAUGUCAUCUCAUGAUUCCAUGGGUCUAGUCUUUAAGUGUUUGUCAAAGGGUGCUGUUGAUUUUUUGGUGAAACCUAUUCGAAAGAAUGAACUUAAGAACCUAUGGCAGCAUGUUUGGAGGAGAUGCCACAGUUCUAGUGGUAGUGGGAGUGGGAGUGAAAGUGGGACACAGAGUAAAAGAUCUACAAAGUCAAAAUGUAAUGAUGACUUUGAAAACAACACUGGCAGCAGUGAUGAGCAUGACAAUGGAAGUGAUGGUCUGAUGAUAUGUGAUGGAAGUGACAAUGGGAGUGGCACUCAGAGUUCAUGGACGAAAAGGGCAGCUGUUGAGAGCUCUCAGCCAACAUCAUCCUCAAAUCAAUUGCCCGAUGCUCCUGAUAGUAUCUGUGCCCAGGUGAUCCAUGCAAACCCUGAAACACAUGGUAAUCAGCAUGUAUGCAUCUCUGGGCCAAGGGAAGGCCAAGAAGAGGAUGAACAGAAUGAUGAUGCUCCCGUGGGAAAGGACUUUGAAAUAGGAAUUAAAAGAAAUCCAGAUUUACAGGCUGAAAAUCAAUGUGACAAUUUAUCUACUCAUCAAAGAAGCAGAAAGCAGAAUAGACUGCUGGAAGCAGAUUGUAAGCAGUUACUGGAGAGUGGACAGAUGGAUCAGGAGAAAGAAAAUAUGACUUGCAAAGAUCUAUGUCCUAAUAUAAUCACUGGAAUAGGUAAUAUGAAUCAUCAAGCUGGAACUAGUGAUCUGGGUACUCCAACUGGCCCGUCUGCUAUCUCAUAUGUCAAGGAUAAGGCAUGCUUUAGUUCUGGAGAGGUACCAUCCCUUGAACUAACUCUAAAAAGGCCGCAAGGAGAUGGAGCUAGUCGAAAUGCUACAAGUGAUGACCAAAAUGUUUUGAGACAUUCUGAAUCAUCAGCUUUUUCCAAAUACAAUACUGCUUCUGCUAAUCAGACUCCCACAGGAAAUGUAGGAAGCAAUUCUCCACAUGAUAAUAGUUCUGUUGCCAUGAAGACAGAAACAACGCAAAAUUUUCCAUCUCAUUCAAAUGGAAUUCUUCUCAAUCAUCAGUCAAAUGGCAGUAGCAAUAACAAUGAUAUCAUCUCCACUGCCAAAUAUGUUACCCCGAAGCCAGAGGCACUGAAAGAGAAGUUUGAGUCCUUGUCAGCAUUUAAACCUUUUCACUCUUCUGCCUUUCAACCUGCACAGAAUGGCCCUAUUUCUUCAGCACAAGAAGCUUUACCUGAAAAGGCGGAUCAUAUGGGGGUUAAUGCAGUUGAUGCACAAGUUAGUGGCUCAAACCAGCUGUUCACAAUCCAGCACGGUUAUUAUCACCAUUCUAUGCAACAGCAGUCACAGACAGAGAGCUCAUUAAAGAGUAUGGCAAUAACUUCUAGGCAAUGUGGCUCAUCAAAUGUCUUUGAGGGGCCCACUGAAUGUAAUGUUGUAAACUACAGUGUAAAUGGAAGCGCCUCAGGGAGUAACCAUGGUAGCAAUGGACCCAAUGGCAGCAGCAUUGCUCCCAAUGCUGAACAGACAAAUGUGGAAAGUGACAAUGGGGCAGCUGGGAACAGUGAAGCUGGUGCUAUCAGUGGGAGAACCAGUGCUAGUGGUUUGGAUGAAGAUAGGGCUGCACAUAGAGAAGCUGCAUUGACCAAAUUUCGUCAGAAAAGGAAAGAAAGAUGUUUUGAAAAGAAGGUGCGGUAUCAGAGCAGGAAAAAAUUAGCAGAACAGCGACCUCGUGUCAAGGGACAAUUUGUUCGACAGACAGUGUCUGAUUCAGAAGGAAGGAAAGAUUGCCCAGGCAGCAACGUGGACAAUUCUUGUGACAGCUCUAGAUAACACCAGCAGGUUUGCGGACCGCUAAUUAAACCCUUAUCCUGACUGGUGCAUGUGGAUAUAUGUUUAUGUGAUUGGCAUUGGAUGUGAAACUAGGAGGGCAGUUGUCAGAUAAGAGCUAAUGUUGUCUUUUGGUAGGGUUAAAUGCUACAUCAUGGGUCAAAAGAGAGAUUUGUGGUUCGCAGGCAGAUACUAUUGGGGUCUCACCAUUCUUGACGCUGUUCUGUCAUGGUUUAGUUUCUGUUUUGCACAUUUGCUUCUUUGUUGUACCAAAGAAUUGAAGAAUUGCAUUGAAAAACUUGAGCAGAUACGUUGGAGUGUAUGUUGUUGUAAAAGUUCGAUUAAUUUCUGAAAGUUGG